AUGGUUCAAAUUAAAAGAUUCUUUUCCAAAAUCGGAAAUAAAAUUCAUAAAAAAGGAAAUUCAUCACAAUCAUCAAAGAAACAAACUUCAAAUAAUUUAGAAUCUCCAAAAUAUAAUCCAGUUUCAAUUCCAACAACAACAAUUACAAAUUCAGCAACAAAAGUUUCAACACAAUAUCAAUCACAAGUUCAAUCAAAUUCCAAUCUAAGAUUAAAUUUGGAAUCAAUAAUCAAAGGUAUCCAAGAGAAUAGAAUAUUAGAAGUGUUUGAUAAGUUCUAUCAUCAAGAUAUCGUGAUGUAUGAGAAAGGUGAUUCAACAAAUAGAGUUGGUUUUGCAGAGAAUAGAAAGGUUGAAGAAGGUUUCUCAAGUAAUGCAACCGUACACGAAGCAAAAGUUUUGAAGAUCAUUGUUGAUGCUGAUAACACUGCAUAUGAAAUGUAUAUGGAUUUCACAUAUGGUGGAAAUAGAAUUCAAAAGACUCAAUGGGCUUUCCAACAAUGGAAAGAUAAUAAAGUUAUCAUUAUAUUCAAAAAUUUGAUGUGUUCAAAAUGUAUUACUAGUCAUAUCAAUGAUCACCCUGAUCAUUUCGAUAAAUUUGAACAUAUUGACGACAUUAAAAAUUCAUUGAGUUCAUUGAAAUUAGAUGAUAUUAUUGACACCACCACCACCACCACCACCACCACAACAACAGCAACUAAUAAUAAUAUUAGUAAUGACACUGCUAGUAAUAAUACAAAUAAUUGUAAUAAUAGUAAUAAAUUCAUUUCACAAAUCAAUAUUAAACUUAAGUCGAUUUGGGAAUCGUUAAGAUUAUCGACUUCUCUCUAUCAAUCAUUAACAACAACAGAGAAUGAUAUCAAACAACACUUUGAACAAUUACAUCAAUAUCUAAUCAUUGAAGAACACAAACUACAGAAACCUAUCAGUGAUGACAAACAUAAAAUCACUAAUAAAAUCGAAAAUUAUAUUACGAAUUUGAAAUAUUUAAUAAAUGUUAUAAAUAUAUUUAAUAAAGUAAAUAAUAAUAAUAAUGGUAUUAAUCAUGAUAAGAGUAAUAGUAGCAAGGAUAAUGAUCAAUCAGUUAUUGAAGAUACAACAUCAUUAUUUUCAACAAAAACAAUAAUGGAAUCAAUAACAACAAAUUCAUCUCUACAAUCAUUCAUCAAUGAUAAUAACCAAACAUUAUUCAAUGAAUAUAAUAAUAAUAAUUUCAAUAUUCUCAAAGAGCAUUCCUCUGAUUCGACAUCUUUAUUAUUAGAUAUCAUUUAUAAAUACAACAAUCAAUUUAAAUCAACAACAAUCACUGACAAUAAUGACAAUUCAUCAUUAUCAUCAUAUAAAAUUUCAAUCAAACAACUUGAUUUCAAUCAAUUGAAUUCAAUCAUUGAACAAUCAAUCAAGGUUGAUAAGAUUGAAUCAACAUUAAAGCCAACAUCAACAACAAAAACAACAACAACAAACAACAAUGAUAAUAAACAAACAUAUAUUUUCGUAACACAUCAAAAAAGAGGAGCAACACUGAUCAACACAUCAAACAACUAUUCAAUUGAAGAAUUACAGUUUGAUUAUUAUUUUAAUUAUACUGACUCUGCUAUUGUUUCAAUUGGUGAAUAUAUCUAUAUAUUCGGUGGAUAUCCAAACACAAAUCAAAAAAAAUGGCUUAAAAUAUCAAUUAAAUCGAAAUCAAUUGAACAUAUUGGCGAUUAUGAAGGAAUUAGAAUUGAUUCAUGUAUAUCAGUUUGUUAUGAUGGUCAAGAUUAUAUCUAUUUAGUGAAUGGUAGUGUACAAAAUAGAAUUGACCGAUUCAACAUCUUGACAAUGAAAUUUGAAUCAUAUCAUCAAUUACCCGGUCAAUAUGGUCAGCAAGCAUCAUCAAUGAUCUUCAAAGGUUCAUUAUAUUCAAUAUCAUACCAACAAAAUAAGUUAUUUCAAUUCGAUUUGACAAAUAGAAUGAUAAAAGAUCAUCAAAUUGAUAUAAUACCAUACUCGGCAUGUAAUGAUAAAAAUGGAAAUUUCUUUAUUUUGGAUACAACAAAAAAACUAUUCCUCAAAUACAAUGUUGAAACAAAACAAACGAUAAAUCUCAAUGAUAUUCCUCUCAUAUAUGAAACUUAUAGAUAUGUGAAGUAUCACCGAGAAUCACCAACAUCGAGUUUUAUUUAUUCAUUUGCUAAUUCUAAUGAUUAUAAUUUCAAAUAUUCAAUUGAAUCCAAUCAAUGGGAACCAUUCUUUCGAAAUAUUUCUCCUAAUGCCAGAUGGAUGUGUGGAUCUACAUCAAUAACAUUAUAA